AUGGGUCAACUGAACUCAGAGGGACAGGGUUCGCACGCCAAUGAUGAAGACCCGCAGAACCUAACCAUCGACCCGUCACCACAUUUAUACAAUGCCAUCUCAGUCUCAGUGGUAGCUAUCCAGUGCCUCGAGCAGCUCACUCGUCUCUUUACCGAUCAAUAUCUUCAAGAACAGCCGGAGGUGUAUCCAGCGCUGUGGCAAGACGAACUGGGACGUUUGAGAGUAUGGGCCGCGAACAUCGGGGUACAUAAAUCCGGAAAAGGCUCUCUGGAUGUUCAAUUGCGAGAUGCAUUACAUAUCAAAGAUCAAACGUUACGACUGCUCGAACGACUGCUCGAGCGACUGCAGAGAACGGCGGAGGAUCUGACAGAAGUUUUGCAAGGCUCUGAAUGCAAAGAUGACUUCGAAGAUGACUUUUCAGACGGUACAGAUGAAGAUGAGACGGAACUUCAGUCCAUAUAUCGUGCUUUUCGUGAUACUAUUGAUAACCUUUUCCAAAUGUCGAUUUUAAUUCAACGACCGGCCCAGUGCGAUCGUCUACUUGGCAGCAAGACAUCGGAAAUCACAUUCUUUGAUCCAUACGACAUGCAGCAUGGAGCAAACAAAUAUCCAGAGGCAGCACAGGCUAUUUCAGAUCGGGACUUGGAAGAAUCGGCACCUUUGUCGUGGUCCGAGGAUGGAGAGAAUGACGACGUACCCCAACCCGAUAAGGCUAAUGCUGCAAGAGAUGAACCCAGUCCAGAAACACGGCAUCUAAAUACUAUUCAAGAAGACUCCAGUUUGGAAAGCACAGAUCAGAGGCAACAGCCUGACCCAAUAAUCUCCUACGACAAGACCCACAGCGGCCUUGGCUGUUUGGUGCAUGAUGGCAAAACUGUUGUCCCACCGCCGCCUCGAGAGCGUUUUAAGCAGUAUGCGACCCCCUUUUCGAUCACAAGCAAGCUCUCUAUGCAGCUCGAGUAUUACUUUUCGGUGGAUAACCUGUGUCGGGACAUGCCUCUUCGUCGCCACAUGGAUUCUCAAGGCUUUGUCUCUUUGAGCGUCAUCGCCAGCUUGAGGAGUAUCAAGUCCCUGACCAUUGAGUCUGAGCUUAUUCGUCGUGUCUCCCGCGAACUUCGAUCCGUCGAAUAUCAAACCAGUGAAGAUGGCGUGGAUCGCCUGCGUCCAAGAGACAACUGGGCUCAAUGGAUUCUCCCCUACGACCUUCGAGAGCCCUCUGCCCAGCACGAAGGUACUGCCCCCACCCAGGCGAGGCAAGUGGUUCCCUCGCAACGCAAUAUGUCUCGAGCAACAGGGCAAUUUGACAUAUCGGACUUAAUUGACGCCCUUCCUGAUUACGACCAUAGUCGAAUGUCUGGAGAAAGUGUGCCCGAACGGAGUCAGGGUCUCUGUGAGAGCAAAUGGUCCACAGUCGAUUAUGACAGCGGGCGACGUGCCCAGGUCACAGUCGCAAAUUCCCGUCGACGCCACCCCGGACAUUCAGUGCGGUACAACUACGACCAUGACAGCCAUGAUAUUUCAGAGGAUCCUAUACGAGUGGUCGAAGAGUAUCAACUUGCUGGGGCUGGGAGCAUUACAACUGCCGCUUCGCUGCCUCUGUCGGCUGAGGCACUCAUCCCGAAGGCAGCUGGCGACGCCGAGAGUAAUGAUAGUGAUGUGGACAGUGAAAAUCGUUCUGAUGCUGACGAAAGAAUGAAUAAGACUCUCGUGGUGAAUGGGAUGGAAAUAAGUUUCACAGAGGAAGCGCUACAGGGCAAGUCGAUUAAUGUUCGAAGCCGCAAUGCGGGUGGCGUUCAGUUCAACCUGCCAAAACCCCUGCCUUUCUACUUUAGACCUGCAGACACUGCAAGCAUUCGGGAACUGGAUGGUCGUUACAACUCUCCUCCAGGAAGUUCCAGUUACUCUACUACCUCGGGUAGCUCGAGAUACUCUAGUGUGACUGGUAGUUCCAGGUACUCUAGUGCUACGGCUAGUUCGAGGUAUUCUAGUACGUCAGACAGUACAAGCCCGCGAGAAUUGGAAGAUUUGCGACGGGAUCGGGAUGAUCGGCGGUCAGUACGAGCCCAUCGACGAAGCUCCCAGUCCACCUACGGUUUCAGGUACCCCUACGACAAAUCGAAGCGCGAAGAUAUUCAUCAACAGGAAGAGGGUCAAGGGAAGGCUGCAGCCAUGGAGAAAGAUCACCAUGAGCCAUUUGUGAAUAUAUCGCUGGGUAUCAUGCCCCGGAUGUCCGACUCCCCGUCGAGGUUCAAAACCAAUCCGGCAAGACCUUUUACAGCUCCCAAGUCGCCUGGGGCAGAAAUUGAGCCUGAGAAAAUUAUUGAGGACUUGGCGAAGCCACAGAUCUCGGGGCAGACCUCCAAGGCAGCAGAACGAAUUCGCGACGAGGCAGAAAAGGCGCGCGCGGAUGGCACAGAGUUAACAUUAUCAACCACCGCGUCUUCCACCGACUUGUCUGAAGUCUAUUAUGAUGUAGAAUCCGAAAUUCAAGAUCUCAAGUCGAGGAUUCGCAGGCUGGAGCUCGCCGGUAUAAUCCCGCCAUCGUCGCAAGCAGCAAUCUCAAGGACAUCCAGUGAAAGACCACGAACUGCGAGCCCUGUUAUAAUCGAGUCCACGAUCGCGGUGCACCCACUGGAGACAGACGAACAAUUUGUCCUUGAUAAGUUUGAGCAACACGCCACCCACUGUUCCCUGUGCACUCAGGCCCUUGAAAACUCUGACGAUACACUGUGUGAGCAAGGAAACGCCUACGCCAGAGAUGUCAAGAGCUACUUGUUCAGUGAAGAUGGAAAUUAUUUUUCAGUAAAUGCCCGUGAAAACGGAAAAACUGGGAGGGUCGGGGUUCCUGAUGAAGCUCAAGCUGUGCGGCAUCUGUUAGAAGGUAUCGAAUCAGGUUCCUUCCUGAAGACCCGACAAAGAGCCCUCCCGACAGUAUCAGUAUCAGGCAUGGCUGUAUCUCGGUGGGGGUCAAAUAUCCAGCGAGAAGACGGGUGA